CAUUAUGAAACGUAGGUCAAGGCUGAAGUGGUUCAUAGGCCCCACCCUAAAGGACAAAGAAAAAAGACGCUCCGCCUCACGCGCGGCAUCGAAAAUUUAAAAUUUUAUUGUCUGACAAAAAUACCCCUAACUUUCUCUUUAAUUUCUCCAUUCAAUCCAGCAGAAGAAGAACAAAUAUACUCCAACUCACUGUGUGAAGCGACCAAAGGUGUUUGAUAUCAAUCAAUUCACACUUUCAACGGCCGCAUCUUCUCUCCAUUUUCAACCUUCCAUCUCAGUACGUUAUCAAGUUCGAUGAUAUAUAGUUAUAACUGAAGCCAAAGUCACGGAGAUGAAGAAGCUAUUCUUUUUCAGAUCGCAUUCAUCCAACACCGUUAACAACAAUCAACUCUCCCCACCGUCGACAGAUAAGCAAGUUUACUGGGAAAAGCCAACCGAAAAAGUGGACAAGUCUGUCAAAAACAAGCAUGGUUUUGAAGAACAAGAAUUUGGCAGCAGCCCUUGUCUGAGAAGAAGCCUCUCGUUCUCAUCGGGUUCUCCUUACGAAACUGGAAAAGGGCCGAGCAAAAACUAUAACCCCACUGGUUCUCCAUGUCAUGCUACCUAUUACUCAAAUAAGCACUCUUCCCGGCCUCGUGCAUUGACUCCCGAGAGGCAACCCAGGUCAAAACGCGUUGAUGAUGCACGGAGAAUGGAGAAAUUUGAUCGAGUUAUUUCGAGAGCAAACUCUGAUUUGUUAGAGAGCUCUUCUCAUUGCUCGAGUAACGUGUCGAAUAAAGUUUUGGAUCGAUACAUUGAUGGAGAACAGCAGAUGGAAGAGUUUGAGCCAAAAGCCAAUUACUUCAUGAAAAAUCAAUUCGAAAAUGGGAACGGCUUGGUAAAGCGGCCACCGAAAUUUCAGUUCAGUGCACCUGUUUCACACGAUGGUAGGAUACAAAAACCCAAGUCUCAAUCCUUCAGAGAAACCAAACACGUGGGCGAAAAUGGAUAUGGCAACGAAUCUCCACGAAAGCUUGCAAAAAACGUGGUCGAGAGACUUUCAAAGUCUCAAUUUUUCCCCACGAUGAGAUCGAAAGAAUCCGACGGUGACAGCCCAAUCACCAUUGAUGACGUUUAUGGAAGAAACAUGAACAGGUGUUCAAAUGCGUAUGCGGAUGAAGUAUCUUCAAGAAAGUGUUCAAUGGAUUGGCACAUGGAGACUAAGGAAGAAAUGCCAGAAUUUUUGGAGGGCACUUUUUCUGACGAUAAAGAGAGGGCUGGAGAAUAUAUCGACAUUUUAGCAGAUACUGAUGUUGAAUUAUUUAAAAAAUUUAAAGAAGCAGAGGACCGUGCUGCAAUUCUGUCGAAAGAGUUUGAAAGGGGGAACUUUUUCGAGUUUAGAGAGCUUAGCGUGCCGACAUUGAUUCAGAAAAUUAGAAGCUUAACAGAGGAGAAGGUGAACAUGGCUAUAGAAGUUUCAGCUAUCUUAGAGGAUAGAAUUGCAGAAAAGGCUUUAUUCAGAGAAAAACUUAAAAUAGCAAGGGAAGACGCACAGUCGCGGAGAUUGGAGAAGGAAAAGAAUGAGCUGCAGUUAACACUCGAACGUGAAUUGGAUAGGCGAUCAACUGAGUGGUCCCACAAGCUCGAUAAAUUACAAGCGGAAGAACAUAGGCUUAGGGAAAGGGUACGGGAAUUAGCAGAGCAGAAUGUGUGUCUCCAAAGAGAAGUCUCUUCUUCUGGUGAAAGAGAAAUGGAUUCUCGAACAAGAAUUACAAACUCGGAGAACCAACUUGGGAAUUUAUCUGCUCAAGUCAAGGAAGCUAAGGAAGAGAAUCAAUAUCUGCAGAAAACUUUAUCGGAAAUGCAGGAGAAAACUAGAGCGGCGGAAGAAGAUCUGGAUUGCAUUCGAAGGAACUAUGAGGAAAAGGUAACCGAGUGUAAAGAUAUGCACCAAUCUAUAAGCAGACUCCAACGAACGUGCAGUGAUCAAGGGAAGACGAUUGAUGGACUAAGAGGGCUUUGUGAAGAACUUGGGAAGAAAAUUUCUCAGGAGAAUUUUGAUUUCGAGUUCGUUAAGCUGCCAGUCGAGCACAUGAGACUAACGGGGGUGGAGCAUGCACUGAGGAAGGAGGUCGAAUCGUAUAGGGUUGAAGUUGAUUCGCUUAGGCAUGAGAACAUCGAUUUACUCAACCGUCUUAAAAGCAAUGGGAAGGAGGGUUCGUUUUCAACUUAUAAGCUGGACGGUGAACUACAGAGUCGUAUUAGCCUCUUGCAAAGUCAAAUGCUUCCGUUGCUUAUGGAGAGCAACCAGCUCGGCAGGAAAUUAAUUGAAUACGUCAAAGCCAACGGUGGGUUCCCACUGAAAAAGGGGCCCGCUUCUGCCUCGUGUUUAGAUGGACAAGUUCUUGUUGAGUGUGAAGUGAAGCUCCAAGGUUUAGAGCGAACAGCUGAAAGCUUAACGACCAGUAUACAGACUGUGUCCGCUGUUCUUCAAGAGAAAUCCACACUGUUGCAAGAUUCUCAAGCAACUGAUGAAUCGCACAAACGGAAUGAACAGAAACAAGAGGACGUAAUCAGAACAGAGUUGAAAGCGGAGACUUUAUUGACGAGUUUGUUGAGAGAGAAGCUUUACUCGAAGGAGCUUCACAUGGAGCAGCUGCAAGCAGAGCUUGCUGCAGCUGUUAGGGGAAAGGAUGUUCUUAAAUGCGAAGUACAAAAUGCAGAAGAUAACUUCUCUUGCAUAAAACACAAGAUGAAAGAACUCGAGCUUCAUAUGAUGAAAAAGGACGAGACUAUAAAUCAGCUACAAAGCGAUUUGCAAGAAUGCAAGAAAGAAUUGGCAAUUGUGCGGGGAAUACUACCAAAGGUAUCGCAAGAGAGAGAUUCGAUGUGGGAGGAGAUUAAGCAGUACUCCGAGAAAAACAUGUUACUGAAUGCCGAGAUCAAUAUGUUGAGAAAGAAAGUCGAGAGCCUCGACGAAGAUAUACUUGUGAAAGAAGGCCAAAUCACCAUUUUGAAAGACAGUAUGGGCAAAUCUUUCGACCUUCUUGCAAGUCCAGAUACUAACGAGAAUUUCUGCUGGACGAAUAUGCGAUAAUUGAUUAUGAUAUACAAUUUCUUUUUUCUUUUACAUUUUAUUAUAGGGUUUUUUUUUUUUGGGAUUUGUUGAAGCUCAUUUUGCAGCAAAUGUGGAGUAAAUGAGUAGAGAUUUUCUCACCAAGUUUACACUUUGUGGCAUAGUUGUAAUAUAUACAACUUUGUGGUUUGGUUUUCAUAAUUGUUUGUGUAGUUGGCAUUCGUGUUCUGUGAAGGAACAUUCGAUAUGUUUGUGUUGCAAUAAUAAUAAAAAUGUGUAUAUCCAAUCCUAUAUUGGAAGCUCAAAA